UUUUUCGCUAGGCCCGCAAUUAAAAAAUCAAUACUUCAUUAAGACGUACACGAAAUGUCUGGAAGGCGAGCACUUCAUUUUGUAUUUAAAGUGGGUGAUCGACCUGCAACCAUAAAAUUUUACAAAGAUGUCUUAGGCAUGAAGAUAUUAAGGCAUGAGGAAUUUGAAGAAGGCUGUAAAGCAGCAUGCAAUGGACCAUAUGAUGGUAAAUGGAGCAAAACUAUGGUAGGAUAUGGACCAGAGGAUAACCAUUUUGUUUGUGAGUUGACCUACAACUAUGGUCUUUCCUCCUACAAGUUGGGUAAUGACUUCAUAGGACUCACCAUUAAGUCAAGCCAAGUUUUGCUAAAUGCAGAAAAUCAGAAUUGGCCUAUCCAUGAUCGAGAUAGUUCUCCUUUUGUGGAAGCUCCAGGUGGUUACAGAUUCUACAUACAAGAUGAACCACAACCUACAGAUGCUGAUCCUGUACAAAAAGUGACUUUAGCAAGUUCAGAUAAGGAUCAUUCUCUUAAAUAUUGGUCAGAAUUGCUUGGACUUAAAGUGUACAACCAGAAUGAAAAACAGACACUUUUAGGCUAUGCUGAUGAUCAAGCCAAACUUGCACUACAAUUUAUUGGGCAGAAGGUUGACCACGGAAAAGCCUUUGGUCGGAUCGCGUUUUCGUGUCCAUCGACUCAACUAAAGUUAAUUGAGUCUGAAGUUAAAGCGGCUGGUGGAACUAUUCUGACUCCAUUUGUUAGCUUAGACACUCCAGGAAAGGCAACUGUUGAAGUCGUCAUUUUAGCUGAUCCGGAUGGACAUGAAAUUUGUUUUGUUGGAGAUGAAGGUUUCAGGGAGUUGUCUCGAAUGGAUCCUGAAGCUGAUCAUGUUUUAAGCCAGGCGUUGGCCUCCGACCAUUCUGAUGAAUGGUUUUCAAAAAAAGGUAUAAGCAAAGCAGAAGCCUAAAAAAGAGAAUGAAACGUUUAUUCAUUAUUCAUAACAGAAGUUGUAGCUCGUUUUUCCUUCCUUUAAUUCCACUUUACUCAUGUUAUAUUGCUUCCAAUAAAGUUUGAAUAUACCAUUUAAUUCAUGAAAA